AUGGGUGUCAUAACUUGUGACGUUGAAUUAACUUCCUCAAUCCCUGCGGCUAGAAUGUUCGAGGCUGUUGUCCUCAACUCGGACAACCUCAUACCCAUGAUCAUGCCUCAGGCUAUUGAAAGUGUUGAAAUCCUUGAGGGUGAUGGAGGUGUUGAAACCAUAAAGCUCGUUAAUUUUGGGAAAGGCAGCCAGUUUAAGAGCGUAAAGUACCACGUGGAUGCUCUUGACAAAGAAAAUUUCAAACAUAGUUACAGCAUUGUUGAAGGGGAUGUUCUCAUGGCCUCUGCUGAUGGGGGAUGUAUUUGUAAGAACAGAAGCACUUACAACACCAAGGGUGAUGUUCAGAUCACUGAGGAGAAAAUUCAGGCAGGCAAAGAGAAAACUAUAGCAAUGGUCAAGGUUAUCGAGGCCUACCUUCAGGCCAACCCAGAUGCCUAA